UGGGCGCUGUUCGGUGAUCUCACUCGGGAUUGGUAGAGUAUUGUGAUGUUAUUCAGGUGGUACUGUGGGCAGCAUAGGGAGAUUUAUUCGAAUACACCCGUCUGAGAGAGAUAGACGCUGUUUGUAAACAUUAACAGUAAAACAGCAUUAUUUUCAGAAAGUGAACUGUACUACAGCUUGGAGUAAUCCUGCUCCACUUGGUCUCUUGAACUGAAAAUUGGCAGGCUCACUGGGUGUAGUAUGGCGCUUGAAGCUGAGGGGGAGAAGCGGGUUGGCGGUGUGCAUGAGAGUGAGAUGACUGAGGAGAGCUUUCUGCAGGAGCUGUACCAUUUCAUGAGGAGCCACGAGACCCCCAUUGAGAAGAUCCCACACCUUGGCUUCAAACAGAUUGACCUUUUUGUCAUGUACCAGACUGUCCAGAGCCUCGGAGGGUAUGAUGAGGUGACGAAACACCAGCUCUGGAAGCAGGUGUACAAUAAACUGGGAGGAAACCCUCGCAGCACAAGCGCAGCCACGUGCACCCGACGACACUACGAGAAACUGAUUCUUCCGUUCGAGCGGCACCUCAUGGGAGGGGGGAGCCUAGCUCUGCCCCAGCACAGGCCUCAGAAACGGUUCUGGAGCGGGAGCUUCGCAGAGAGGGAGGAGGAGGCAGCUGAGCUGAAGAUGGCAAAGCACAGUCUGCAACAGCAGAGUCUGAGAAUCUGCCAGCCCAGCGCGGCUGUGCGAGAGAAACACCAGGAUUCAGUUCCUAACAGCACUGUGAGGCUAGUCUCCUUACCAGUAGCUGAGCAGAUGAGACAAUACUACAAGCUGAACCCUUCACUGAUCAGAUAUCCGCCCGGCACUUUGCUGACUGUCCCCAGGCAGAGACAUUACCAGCCUGCGAUGCAGCCAGAAGAACCUGCUGAAGGAUCCAAGCAACAGCUGGUGUUGCUCAGGCACCUUGCCCAGGAGUACACACGUUCAUCAGGCUGGGCUGAACCCUUGAACCUCAGUCUGAAACGCCAGAGCACAGUAGCUGCAAGCAAACCAGGCCAGACCUUAUCUUUGACCCCAGAGCCCAACGGCAAAGUGCCCAAAUUUUUAAACACAGUUUCGCCGCUGUAUGCUUCCUGGAACUCUACAAAGGAAGAUGCACGUGGAAUGGUAUCUCCACCUGAGGAUCCUGACCCUGUAGUUGGACAGUCUUUUGCCUUACAGGAGGAGGUGUCUGUGAUUGACCUGACGAGGUCUACUUCAGUUUCUGCAGGUGGUUCUGCAUCAAGACUACCUAGCCCCAAUGGACAAGCUCCACAGGACCGAAGCUGCAGCACUCCCAGUUCUCUGGCAAUAAGGGGAAACAAUAGUGAAGCCAUUCAGGAUUCUGUCAGCGAGCCUUGUAAAUCCCACUCAGGGCCUCUGAAUCCUCAGGUCACGCCUAACAAAAUGGAGAUCCAGAUUCCCUUUUCGAUGUUGCAGAGCUGGUUCAAGAGCCUGAAAGACAAGCCAGGCUCCAUUGUCCUACCUAAAAGUUGUAGGGCACCAUCAGCAUACGAAGACCCCGGUGAUGUUGGCAGGGGAUCAGCGCCCAAUGUGGAUAUGACAGCCAGGCCACUGGAGAACGCCAAAGAUCAGCAUUUCCAGAGACCCUACAGGGGCCAAAGGAGCCCUGAAGAAGAUCACAUCUGGAGGGAUCAGCUGCGACAGCUCUCCAGAGAGGCCGAGUCAAGGAGGUAUUUAUACCCAUUAGAUCCUGCAACACUGGCCAGCGCAAGCCAUCUCACUGCCUCCGAGACCAGCCUGAGCGGGCAUCCCAGGUACACCUGUGUCAACGGCCAGGUGAUUCCCAUGGGGUUGAAAGUGAAAGAGCGGGAAAACGUUUCUGACUGUCACAGCGAUGUGAAGACAGUUCCUGAUGCCAUCGUGCUUUCGUCUGGCUCACCUGGCAGAUCUCACAUCGCACAGAGUGAUUCACAUAGAAGACUGUAUGGUCAACAAAAGGACAAAGAAGACCUCAAGCAUUAUUCUUUUGAGGACAGACCCCUGCAAAGACCAUGCAAUGACGACAAAAAUGUGGUGCUAGGUGGCAGCAGCCACUGCCCGCCCUAUACUCAAGGCUACCAAGUGACCAGGCACCCCUCCAGUAUUGGUCAUGUACCAGAACUACAGGUGGAGGCUGCGGGGUCCAGGUCACUAGCCGAUGGCAUCAGUAGUUCACCUUUAAUCUCUUCUGGAGGGCAUGUGAAAACAGCUUCAGCCCUGCAUCAGGUCUUAAUGAUGAACCAAGCCUCCCCCACAGCACUCUCAUUGACACGCGAUGAAUAUCUAAAACUACGGAGACUGAUAUCCAGCUCUCCGUAAUACUGAAUCAGGCUGUAUUGUAUAUUGUAUUGAUUGUUCUAGUGUCCGGAUUCUCUGUGUCUCGGAUCCAUCAGUCUUCGUAUUGUUACUUAUUCUUUUAGUUUGGUUUUUUAUUUAUUUUUUUUAUACACAGGAUUUGUUUUUCUGACUGUAGCUUAAAAGCUUAAAACUUAAAAGUGCCGAUCACUGGAUGGCGAUGGCUCUUACUUUUAUAGAGACACAAAUGUCUAUGGCAGGCAACCAGAACUGAAGAGCAGCAGCUCCUGAGCUCUGUGAAAGCAGCCUGGUACAUUAGAGCUGUAGUGUUUAGAAGAAACGCAUUACUUUGUAAUAUAUUUGUUCAACAUAAUCCCAAUUGUUUUUAUAUUUGUAUUCACACAUCAUAGGUAAAUUACUUUUUUUCAACUUCAGCCGGGUAUUACAGAAAUUCUCUUUCCCAUGGCCAACGCUCUGGAGUAAGUGUUGAGAAAUGUAUACCCCAGUUUGUUUACCCCAGUUGAUAUACGACCCCAUGAUGUUUGAUUAAAAAUGUCAAAGGAGUCGGCAAUAUGUUUAAAAUAGAACGCUGCGAUACAGACAACAUGGGACACAACGCAAGUGCAGGUGUAUCUUAAAUAGAAAAGGGUUGAGUAAUUCAUGUUUUAUUCCAUUUAAUUAAUGCCUAACAACUUCAAAUUUCUUAAAGGUAAUUACUCUGAAAAUCUGAGUAUUGCCAUACCCCUAACGUAUAAUAUAAUGGCUUACUACUAUGGUUCACUAUAGCUACUACAGGAUAAAUAUAAACGCUGUCCUGACAUAUUGUACUGUACAUAUGUAUAGAUAAUGUUCUCUCAGUGUGUUUAAUGUUAAAUAUUUCUAUCUAUUAUUUCAUGAUGUCUAUAUAUAGUUUGUAAAUACUUUAAGCAAUGAAAUAAAUAUGUAUACUUACUGUAAAAAAGGACAGUAAAUGCUGCAAUCUGUAACAGCAGCCCUUAUGGUGCGAGGUGAUAAUCCUCCAUUAUCUGCUCUUGCUACAGUACUUACCAAGUUUCUUGCUUAUGCGUAAAUUGAAGAGGCUUUUGUACCACCAUGUACAUGUAUUCUAUGGGUGAAAACACAAAAUAUGUAUUGUAUUACCCAGAAUGUUGUAUUAGUUACUGUUUCCAGAUUGUUUUGUCUUUGCCUGUAGCUUGCUGUGUACUGAUAAUAUAACAUCAUGUAAUAAAAUUGUAUGUGUAAAUG